AGCCAGCAAGGUCGUCUCGCGCACCGCCGGCGGCCAACCAUGUCAGCGCGGGACCGGGAGACGAUCGAGGCGCUCGCGCGCGUCGCGGCCGCGCUGGACGGGGCGGUGCUCGGCCUCGGCACGGCGGCGCUCGCUGUCGCCUCCCUGGGCAAGUACCUUGCCGCGUCCGGGGCGCUCCGCCGCAUCGCCGAGGCGCCGGCGGUCGCGAUCCCCGACCUCCGCUACUCCUUCCUCGCGGGGCUCCGCGACGGCGAGUCGCGCCUCGCCGCCGUGCGGGGCAUCGUCCGCUCCCCGCCCGGGGGCACGUUCCUCACCCCCCCUGGCUCCCGCGAGCACUGCGUCGUCACCAGGCACACCCAGACGUGCUUGUUCGGCGAAUGGAGAGGCAUCUUUGGAUGGACUUUUGACCUACACGCUCUCUUUUUUAAAUCAUUGAAAGAGCAAAUUAUAACAUCAUCUAGAUGGGUUUCGUUUGGUCUUGUGGAUCCUGCUUCCGAGAAAUUACGGGAAAUGGUACAUGUGAAAUUUGAUGGGGCAGUUCAUCAGUCAUUACCUCUUACAACUGUGUAUCACAAGCUUAUCCCAGUUGAGCAAAAUUCUUACACAUUGUUUCAGACUAUUGUUGGCAAUGGCUAUCCGAUUGCGUUGUUGGACGAAGAAAAGAUUCUUCCUAUUGGAAAGGAGAUUACAGCAAUUGGAUUAUGUCGAUUAAAGAAUCAAAAUGUUGAGAUCAGUUUGUGCCCAGACCUUCCAUAUUUCUUGUCUGAUCUGACCAAGGGUGAGAUGGAAGCCGAGAUGUCUUCACGUGCCAGACUGUUCUUCUGGGUUACUGUUGCUCUUGGAACUGUGUCAGUUGGCUUACUAGGCCAUGCCAUUUACAGGUUAUGGGAGAGAGUUAAACGGCACAGAGAGGCAAGAGAAGCUCAAGAAAGAUUUCAUGAAGCUGACAAUGAAGAUGAUGCUGGAGAAAAUGGUAGCGACGACGAGCCUGGUGAAAUGGGUGACGGGCAGCUAUGUGUCAUAUGCUUAAGGAAAAGAAGGCGGGCAGCUUUUGUUCCUUGUGGUCAUCUUGUCUGCUGUUGCAACUGCGCGAAAAGGGUGGAACUCUUGGACGAACCAUUGUGCCCUGUGUGUAGGCAAGACAUCCAAUACAUGCUCAGGGUUUAUGACUCUUAAGGUUCCUUGCUGAUAUGGCCCAAGCACAGGCAAAGUGGCGACUCCAACUGUCCAUCCUCCUGUCCUGGGCGCUCUCCGUUUCUUGUACCUAGUUUAGGUUACUGCUACCCUGAAAGUAUGUGAAUAUAGGAUUGUGCUAACCCUCAGAAACUAGAUUUACCAGUACUUCCUAGUUUAGCCUGUGAAUACUAUGUAUGAUCUUAGAUGACCACGUGAACUUUGGCCCAGAAUUUAAGGAUUGCCAAGUUUUUUGUUGGUGUUGCAUGGACGGGUCCACGAAGUUAACAACGCGCGCAUUCAUGGUUUUUGUAUUAGCUCGGUUUUUAAAAGCAACAUUUAUUAGUUUA